UGCUAGAUAGAGAUGGUCUUAGUUCACUUUUAUUCCGCGAGUUUCUAUUUAUUGCUUUUCGAAGCUGGACUGAUUAGCUGUGUUUUAGAUGCUGCGCAGUUGUAAAAGUUAUUCAACAAUGACCAAAAAAAACACAAAUAUUUUUCUUCCAGAAAAACCGCAUUUCAUUUCAAAACCUUCUUCCUCCGCGGUGACAGUCAGGGAGAAACAAGAUGUCAUAUUACCGUGUAAAGCAGCUGGGUUCCCGCAGCCGGUAAUCAUGUGGUAUAAGAAUGGUGUCGUUAUAGAAGAAAAACAACUGGUCAAGACAGGCCAUCUGGAGUUUAAGGAAAUCCAGUUUGAAGACCGCGGAAUGUACACUUGUACAGUGGAGAAUCUGUUGGGUAGAGAUCAGUUAUCAUAUAACAUAACUGUACAAGUACCAGCAAAAUUUGUCACGAAACCAGAGAAAUUUGUAACUGCUUACAAAUCGAGGGACACCCUGAUAAAAUGUGACAUUUUUGGCUACCCCACCCCUGAGGUCAAAUGGAAAAGAUCGGAAAAGACCAUUUCAGUGGACCGACAUGUUAUUUCUGGUAACAACCUUACGAUAAAAAACACAACAGAGGAAGAUAAAGGUACUUUUUCGUGCUGGGGAGUUCAACAGUUGGACCGUGAAAAGAUCAAAACUGAUCCAGAAUUAAUAACGAUCGAAGUUGAAGACGUAGUGAAUCCGCACAUUGUUUCAAGUCCUUCCAGUGAAAUUCAAGUGCAGAGUAUCGGUGAUUCAGUCAAUUUAGCUUGUUCUGCUAGUGGCUCACCUCUUCCUGAUGGUAAAUGGUUCAAAGACGGGCGACCUCUUGUUCCGACAGCAAUGCAAAAGGAACAGAAGUUAACAACGAGUAAACUUGUCAUUGAUCAGUUCAAACCGAGUGACUCUGGGAUCUACACGUGCUUAUUCCACAAUGACAUGAAUAGGACAGUGGAAGCUGAUACAAAUCUAAGUAUGUACAUUUAAUUUACUUACCAAAAACAAGAGCUUAAAACUAAACCUCAGAGUAACUGAAGCUCGGGAAGGGUCCCUUCCUCACUGUUUAGACUUUCACUUCUUGACUCAAAACCAGACCCCAUGGUAAUUGAAGUUUGGUAAGGGUUCCUUCCCGACGCUUUAAGCUUCCCCUUAAUAGGACAUCAAACUCGACUCAAAACUAGACCUCGGGGUAACUACUGUAAUCACUAUAAAUAGCAGAUCUUCUGAGAGUUGCACCGAACUUUAAAGUUGUGAA